AUGAAAUUUGUGAAUAUUAUUAGAAACCUUCAUUAUAAUGCAGCUUGGAGAUGUACAUUUUUGAGAAUUCAUCCUCUAAGUUAAAUUCCUGGAAUGCAGGGUUUAUAAGAGUUUAGUGAUUCUGAAGAUUGGUCAGAAUAGGAAAAUCCCUCAGAUUUAGAGAAUGUAGAGGAAUUCGAUUCUAGCGGUGACGAGAAAGAUUAAAAUGUUGGAGAUAGAAAAUGAUUUCAGUAUUAUAUAUGUGAUCAUCAUAUUUGCUAUCUUUAAUGUUUUA